GCGUGCGUUUGGAAGUAUCACGUUGUGUCGGCGUCCUUUCUUGACUGAAAUUUGAGAUACGUUGAUCGAAACCUUCUGAAGAUGGGUUGUGAAGACGAAGUGAUGAAGAUCAAGAAGAAGCUCGACAAGAUGACUGGACCCACUGGGGACCAAACGCUGGCUUUGGACCACCUGAAAGUUCUGAAGGAUCUUCCCAUCAACUUGACAAUCUUGACUGAAACAAGGAUUGGCAUGACAGUGAAUGCCCUACGGAAGGCAUCUCAGGAUCAGGAAGUCAUUGGCAUCGCCAAGCAACUCAUCAAAAAGUGGAAGAAGUUUGUUCCUGGUGACAAGCAGAGCGACGACGACAAAGACGUGAAGGAAGACUCCAAGAAAUCCAAAGACAACGACGCCAAGGCGGGCAGCGACAGCAGCAACGGCAGCGGUCCUGGCUCGAGUAAAAACGGGUCGAGCAAAGGAGGCGAGGGCUCGCACAGCCUGCCCCCCGGCCUGACAAGCAACAACGUGUCAGCCUCGCUGCACACAACGGACGCUCUGCGCCUCAAGUGCCGCGAGAUGCUCGGCAGCGCCUUGCAGGGCUCCGGCGACAUGCCUGAUGGCGUCGUCGCCAUGCCAGAGUCUCUGGCCGAGCAGCUCGAGGACGCUAUUUACGCCGAGUUUAAGAACACCAACGCACAGUACAAGACGCGUAUACGCUCGCGUGUAUACAACCUCAAGGAUGCCAAGAAUCCCGAGCUUCGCAUUAAUGUUCUCACAGGCGUUAUAUCUCCCAAGAAGCUCGCAGUUAUGACAUCUGAGGAGAUGGCGAGCAAAGAUAUGCAGGCGCUGCGGGAGAAGUUUACCAAAGAAAGUAUUGACGACCAUCAGCUGGCGGUUGCCCAGGGCACCAAGACAGACUUGUUACGCUGCGGCAAGUGCGGCAAGAGGAACUGCACCUACAACCAGUUGCAAACAAGAAGUUCUGAUGAACCGAUGACGACUUUUGUGCUCUGCAACGACUGCGGCAACCGCUGGAAGUUCUGCUAAAAUAAAUAUCUGCAAUUCUUAAGUCGACUGAUCUCGACAAGAGAUGAUAAUGGUGAACGUCUUUUAGGAUAAGAGAGAAAAUUACAUUUGUAUGAAAAUAUCAGAUCUUAAUUUUGCACGCUGCAUUGGGUGACUGAACCAUGCCCCUCUCAACGCCCCUCCCAGGUUCCAAUAGCAGUGCAUUGUAAUGAGAACCUUGCCGCAGUCUAUGUCUUUAUAAGUCACAGUUUCUGUUCGUUAGAUCUAGAAUGCUAUGUUUAAUUGUUAGAGAAUCUCGUGCAAAAACCUCUGGAAGAAAUCUCAGGUUAGCGUACGAGUCCUUGCGUUGGUUACCGUCUCUGUGGCAUGGGUCGUAUUAUGUUGUUAGUUUUUCUCUAUGGAUUUUUUAUGUUGUACUCCGGUCGGCACGACGAGUGUCGCGAGUGCUGUUAACGAACAUUUUUAUAAAUGUUUGACUAUUUAAUUUUUUGUUAUGACCAAAAAUUCUGGGGUUCAUGCUCCGUAAAUU